AUGUCGCGAUCUCAGGAAGCCGUCGGGCCGGGAACGGUGGAGCAUGCUCACCCAACAUCCGCACUUACUAACACCCAGUGGGCCAAGCCAAAUUUCACCCUCCCAAUUCCUUCUUUCCAAUUUCUCUUCCACUUAGAAUGCGAGAUGGAAUCUUUCCGUCAUAUCGGUGACGGUGGACACGGAGACCGCAGCACGGUGAUUUUCAAAGGCGGACGAUUCGAAGGUCCGAAAUUACGCGGGACAAUCCUCCCUGGUGGUGGAGAUUGGGAAACGAUUCAAGACCAUGAUGGUGAUCAACAGACGGCUUAUCUUGACACGAGAUACAACCUUUUGACUCAUGAUGGGGUUUGUAUAUUCUUGAAAACAACAGGGACAAGGACUGGAAAGAAGAAGAUCCUCGAGGGCUUGGGAGAAGAGGAUAAGCAUACGCCGGACGAGUAUAGGAUGAGGUUGCAUAUGACGUUCGAGAGUGGUGAUGAAAGGUACAGGUGGUUGAAUAGUAUUGUUGCUAUUGCUAGCUCGGCAAGGAAUGGGACGAGGGUUAUUUAUGAUGCGUAUCAGGUUCUGUAG